GACAUUUGUCAAAAGGGAACCAUCUGUAUUUAGGAUGACCCACUGAAGAAAGUGAGCUGAGCAUAUACAUCAAACACUGUACUGUCGUCGUCGUGAGAGAAUACCAACAAUGUUACACUCUUUAUGCUCAGCAUAAAGGGCAUUUCUCGUUUUCUCUCGAAGUCGUUCUUUAUGCUACUCAAUUUUCGUUCACAUCGCACAGAUAUGCUCCGUCGUACGUAGUAUGCUGCCAGGAUCAAGAACGAAAACAAGGGUGUGACCGAGAGCAGAGAAAAUAUGUUUUCCUCCUCAAUUUUGUGAAAGAAAAGUGGAAAAUUUAGCCUUCCAGACCACUUACAGCGUCCUAAUUAAUAGCACAAAAAGUGUGUAAGCGUGCAAUGAGUGCCAGAAACAUGAAGUACGGGCUUAAUUAGUACUGGAAGGACAAUUAAACGGAUUCAAAGUGAACGAAGAAAAAAUCAAGUGAAAGAUGACUUAAAUAUCGAGUGGGUGCUCUUCCCUGGCGAAUGAGACUUUUUCCUCUUCGUCACCCCACUCGUCCUGGCCCUCGUCCAGGCCACCGUGACGUCCUUGUUCUUUCCAUACCCUCACUUUUGCACAAAAGGAUAUCGAUGGUUGUGCAAAGUAUGGAGAUUUUCGCCCGAUUGGAAUCUCCCACUUCGGCAGUGAUAAAAAUGUGAAUCAUUAAAGGAAAAGUGUGUUGCCUCAAGGGUCCCCAGUUUGCAUAAUUGAGAAGACAGGAUACUCGUUUGUCGCCGGUGCAAAGUUUAAUCAUCUAUUCGCAGUCUGCCAGGAGCCUGAAGUGUGUUAUUUAGUGUGAGUGCGUGCUGUAUGAUUUAUUGCUUGUGACAUGCAGGGUUCCACUCCACCAAUAUCGGGAUAUUCGGGGUAUCCCGAAGAUGACGAUCAAUACAAAGUACCAUUGAUCGCCAAGCUGCUGCAUGCAUUACCUCACUACAACAUUACUUUCCAUCGGAUUAACAAUACCUUUCGACCAUCAAACGAUGUCUACCUGGAGAGUCUGGGUAUCCUGGGAUCGAUACCGGCCGCAUUGUUAAUAGUAUCACUUUUCGGGCUUCUGCUGUACCUCUUGACGCGAUGUUGCGACCGAAAGCCCCGACCGGCCCAUUCAAUUACCAGCCUCAAAGUUACCCUUUCCAUCGUGACGGUCUUGUGCUGUGCCGCCAUCGGGUUGGGCCUCUACGGCAACGACGAUUUGCACAAUGGCCUGCUGGAGGUGUUGCAAGCCGGCCGCAAGGUGGAUACGGCCGUCUCUUCGGUACGAAACCAGACGUUCAUCUUGGAGAACACACUCACCAUGAAAAUCCAGCAACAGCUCAACGAGCUCGAGGACAUAUUCGAUGGAAAAACGAACAACCAUACGGCACUGUUGCAGUUGCAAUCGGCGCUGGCAGCCACAAAGGGAAAUGUUACUGUGGCGAAGAACGCGGCUAAUGAUAUCCGUCGGCCGCUCGUUGGAUUGACUAUCACGGAUUUUCUCUCGAAAGGAGACCAAUGGGAGCUGAUUAGGUGGCCUGGAACGGUGGCCAUUCUAGCGCUUUUGCUAGUGUUGUGUGCAGUUCUGCUGGUUGGAGUCGCACGUCACUCGCGAUGUGCAUUGAUUCUAUUCAGCGUUUGCGGGCUGUUAGCCGUCACCGGAUCCUGGCUCAUGUCUGGCCUGUACUUGUCUACUUCGGUCGCCGUCGGAGACCUCUGUAACGAUCCGGCUGAUUUCCUCGUACACCAAGCACCGAACGAGUUACCAUCGGACAUUCUCCUGUAUUAUACACAAUGUGACGUAUCACGUUCAAAUCCUUUCACUCAACGACUUCGUGAAUCACACAACGCCAUUAACAAUGCUCGGAAUUCGAUGACCACUGUCUCGAAAAUAUCCCCUGUGCUGUUCAAAAAUGCCGGACUAGGGCCUAAGCUGGGAUCGGUCAACGCGGACAUCAAACUGUGCGAGCGCAUCCUAACGCAGUUAACGGCUUUGGUGGACUGUAAGGCAGUUCACUACAGUUACCUAAGCGCAACGCGUGGCCUCUGCGAGGGAGGUCUACUGGGACUUGUACUUAUGCUAAUUGCCAGCUUUAUGGCAGCUAUUCUACUCACUGUGAUGGUUUGGGUUGACUCGCACACAUGGAUAUAUAUUAGAAAAAGGAACGACUAUGCUCAAGUAGAAGAACAAUCAUAUGUAUCAGCCCAUCAACUUCAUCCUCAAAACCAUCAGAAUAUGAAUACCAGAACACUGCCACAUCAGCAUAAGGGCCCACCAGUGAUCAGCGGUUCCCAUACAUUGGCACAUCCAGCGCGAAACCCUAAGCAUGAGAUGACUCCUCAGCAGCAGGCUCAUUUGCACCAUCAUCACCAGGCUAUGAUGCGACAGGGAGGAACCCAUACCCUCGGACGACUACCAUCUCACAACAACAGUCCAACUCACAUGCAUGGACCAAACAAUGGCAAAUACGCCACACUGAGCAAGCACUGCAAGACAUUAGACGCUAAUGAUUUUUACUGA